CACGAAAGAACGGCGGUGGUGUGCUGUUCCUGGAGGAGUCCGGUCGCCCGCCUACGACUUCAACAACUAUAGUGCUUAUCACUUUAAUCCAGCUGAGCAUUAACCGAUUGCGGUCCCUUAUGACAUUGAUCUUAUCACACGGCGAUUGACUCCGGUCAGCCUCUCCGCCGCCUUCUGAUAGUGACACUCACAGGCAGCCCUCCACCGAUUAAUCCGUCUUUGUCCCCAAUCCCCUGGCUACUAUUUUCUCUCAAUCUUCAUCAGCAUGUCUUUAUUUGGCGCUCAGAAACCUAGUCCGUUUGGGUCUGGUUUAACAACAGGCCAAUCCCAGCAGGGUGGAGGUCUUUUUGGUGGCUCACAACAACAGCAGCAGCAAAGCACCUCGCCGUUUGGAACAUUGGGAGUGCAGUCAAAACCCGGCGGCCUGUUUGGUGGUGUAGGCCAGCAACAAAGCAGCAGUCCUUUCUCUGCAUUUGGUUCCGGCACGCAGCAGCCCCAACAACAAGCUGGCGGUCUCUUCUCUGGGCUCGGAAGUUCAACCCAGCAACAGCCCCAGCAGCAAACGCAGCAAACUGGUAGUCUUUUUACUGGGCUAGGCAGUUCUACCCAGCAACAACCACAACAACAAACCGGUAGUCUUUUUGGAGUUGUAGGCUCCCAACCUCAGCAGCAACCAUCGCAGGGUGGAGGUGGCCUCUUCUCUGCCUUUGGCUCGACUUCUCAACAACCGCCACAACAGGCUGGUAGCCUAUUUUCAGGUCUUGGUCAGAAGCAACCGCCGUUUGGGUCAACACUUGGUGGCGUUGGGCAACCGCAAGCACAAUCUCAAUUGGGUCAGACGCUAGGACAAUCUCAGGCUCCUGGUUCGACCAUAUGGACACCCGGCCAAGGGAUGACUGGUGUCCAUCGAACUGUUCCGAUGCAAAUGAUGAUCGUCAAAGAUAAAUGGGACCCAAUACACCGAGCCUCUCCAUUUCGUUCCUACCUGUACAAUUAUGCGAGCGACGAGACUGCGCCGUUCUUCCAACCAGGUCCAAUCGAUGAUGAGAAUAAAUGGGAAGACGCUCUGCGGAAGCGUCCUGGGCCCGCGUACGUCCCAGUUCUCGUAAGGGGCUUUUGGGAACUUGGGAAACGGGCCCAGCGACAACGAGACUUUUUGACCAUGAUACAAACAAGGCUACAUGAAAUCAACAAUGCCCUUACCGAACUACUAUCCCGUCAUGACCUUACGAUUUCAGUCAGGAUCGCUGCAUGUAGGAGGAAACAUCAAGUGUUGAGCCAAAGAUGUCUCGCGUUGGCCUCAAAAACGCAGUUGCUUAGGAAUCGUGGAUAUGCCAUGGAUGAAGCGGAAGAAGAGCUGUCAAAGAAACUGCUCCAGCUUGAACGCUCUAUGUUUGAUCCAACUCUAAAUGGGAGAUCCGAAGAAAUUUGGGCGAGGAUGCUUGCAAUCAGAGAAAAUACAAAACGUCUACAAAUGGAGAUUGAACGAACAGGCAAGGGAGCGGCACAACAAGAAGAUGACACUUUGAGCGAUGCGCAGCUGAAGGCGGCCAAAAAGAUUUUGGAUGAUUAUGCGUCACAAAUACAACACCUAAAUAAAGAACUUGCCGCGAUUCAGAAAGAUUAUGAGGACCUGGAGAAAUCUAGCAUAUCUUAAAGAGAUAUCCACUCUAACGUUUCCGUCCAUCUUGACGUUUUCUUCUCUUCACCUGGACUGUUUACGGAUUAAUUUGUAAC